UCUUUCCUCCCUGCUCAGCCCCUCAUUCCAGCAGCCGGGAGCUCCUGGAGCACUGUGUGGUAUCAAAGCCUUUGCCCCGUGUCUGGCUCCAGCAGGUUCCCCAAAUACCUCAGUUUAGGGGAGAAGGUGAGAGCUUUGCACUUGUGUUACCAUCACUGAUCCUUAAUGGUACCCAGCUUAAAGUACCACAUUUAGCUCCGCUUGCCUUUAAGCAUCCUUGACCUGUCCAAAGGGAGUUUAGGGCUCCCCAGAGGGGCUCUGCUUCCCACAGGGGAAUGAUCCCCAUGGUCCUCAUCCCGGGCCUUGCAGGGACUUCCAUGCUCCCAGACUAUUUUGGGAGGGUUUAAAAAUAUCCUGCCUGCAUUAACGGGCAAUAAUCCCAAUGGAGCAGCAGCCCCGCAUGGCCACGGAGCCGCCUUUACCCCCCGGCCAUGGACACAGCCCCUCUUGGGGCCGGCGUGGGGGCCGUAUCCUGCAUCCCGGCUGCUGAGUCCCAUCCCAAAUGGCUGUGAUCACCAUGACAACGCUGACUUCAGCCUCCACCACCUACUCAGGCUCGGAGCCCACUGGGUGCUGGCUGAUGGCUCGGUGCGGGCAGCGGACUGAGGAUGUCCUCGGCGUUCGGCAAACCCCGAGCCGGCGGCGAGCGGCCGCCCCAGAGCCCCCUCGGCGAGUGCAACGUGGCCAUCCUGGGGUGCCGCGGGGCGGGCAAGUCAGCUCUGACCGUGAAGUUUCUAACCAAGAGGUUCAUAAGCGAAUAUGAUCCGAACCUGGAGGACACCUACACCUCGGAGGAGCUGGUGGACCAGCAGCCUGUGCUGCUGAAGGUGAUGGACACGGCUGACGAGGAUGGCCCCGGGAAUUGCGAGCGCUACCUGUGCUGGGCCAGCGCCUUCCUUGUGGUGUACAGCAUCGAUGACAGGAAGAGCUUCGAGGGCUGCCAGCGCUACCUGGAGGUCCUGGCCCUGCACGCGAAGGGCUGCCAGAGCCGCUGUCCUGUGCUCCUGCUGGGCAACAAGCUGGACAUGGAGGAGUACAGGCAGGUGCCCGCAGCCGAAGGGCUGUCCCUGGCGCGCCGGUUCGGGUGCCUAUACUACGAGGUGUCGGCGUGCCAGGACUUCGCGGGGGUGCAGCGCGUGUUCCACGAGGCCGUGCGUGAGGUGCGGCGCCAGGCGCAGUGGAACCUGCCCGUGCGGCCGCUCUUCAUCACCAAGGAGCGGCCGUGCCUGCCCGUGGCCACGCCGGUGGCGCUGCCCGCCCGGCACGGCCUGGCCAGCUGCACCUUCAACACCCUCUCCACCGUCAACUACAAGGAGAUCCCCUCGGUGGCACAGGCCAAGCUGGUCACUGUCAAGUCGUCGCGGGCGCAGAGCAAGAGGAAGGCUCCCACGCUCACCCUGCUGAAGGGGUUCAAGAUAUUUUAGGAGGCGUCCCUGCUGCACAGGGGAUGGGGAGAGACUCUGUUCUCCUGGCUCUGGAUGGACCAAGACUAUCCGUGAUGGACUGACGGGCUGCUGGUGCGCAGGGCAAAGCCUGUGGUGGUGAUCCAGUGAGCAGAUGGGGUGCUGAGAGCCUGAAAUCAGUCUUGGCAUCACCCUGCCUGGCCCUGCCCCUGCCCUGGCUCCUGACCCCUCUGGCUGGGCGCUGCCGCAGUGUGUGCAUCCUGUCCUGCCAAGAGCACCAGGGACCAGCCUGGCUUUCCGGGUGGAUCCAGGCAGUUCCCGGAGCAGCCAGAGCUAUGGGCACCACUGGGAUGGUGAGGGCUGUCCCCAGGGACCCCCAGCCAGCUCAGAGCACAGCAAUGGGAGCCCAGAAGCAGGAAUCAAUCAUUAACGAAGCAUAGGGGCACCCACCUUGCUCCUCUCAUGGAUGCCCUCACCAAGCAAUAAGAGGAAUUUUGGGGUAUUUUAAUCCAAGGUGCAGAUACUGUUUAAGCCAACUAAAGGCCUCAGGUGUCCCAAAACCAAUUCCUAUGCAUCAAAAAAGUCAUACCAAAAUAGCUGGGUUUUAAUCCACUCUUUACACCAUGGCGUUCCUUUUACAAGGCUUUGCAAGGAGAGAUGCUUCACUGAAGAGGACGCGCUCCAAAAGCCUUUGUUUAAAAGACUGAUGUGUUUAAAGUAUGUCUUAAAUUAUUUCAUGGCUUCUACGUGUGCCCAGUGAAGGGCACGAAGUGAAUCCCAAACCAGACCACGCUCUGCCUGUGCCCGAGCCAGGACCAAGGGCUGUGUGCUCAGCUUCAUUUGCUGUGUCAGGUUAAACGUUCCGCUUCUCCCUGGAGCUGCAGUUACUCUGCAGAGUAACACAUCACAUGUAUAUUUGUACAUAUAGCAUAUGUAUAUAUAUAUGACCUUACUGAUAGGCAUUCAAUAUGGGAUUUCAAUCAACCACUUUGGAAAGUAUUUUAAUAAAGAUUAUUUCUGAAAAGAACAGAA